AUGUCCCCCGGGAAGUCUGGAGGACAGUGUGUGAAGGGCAUGUGUCCCCCCACCACCUCCCCGGGCCCGUGGUGCCCCCGGCAAGACCAUACUGCUGCCACCAGCAGAUCCAGUCCCAACCAUGUGCUCCAGGCUAGUGGAGAAGAGGAGGACCUGGAUGAGGACUACUCUCAAAGUGAAGAGGACUCAGACUCCGAGCCGCAGGAUGACUAUGAGGUAUCAGAGAGGAAGUCCCAGCCCCCCUCUCCCUCCCCCUGUCCCACCCCUACAGAACCUCGCCCCCGGGACAGACCCCGUCGCCAGCGCAGGAAACCCGCCCGCUCACCCUCCUACUCAGACGAUGAGAACAGGCCCACCUUACCUAAGAGUGGGCGGGUGGAGGUGCAGAAGAAGCUGCAUCUGGACAGCAGUCCUCUGGGCUGGAGCAUCACUGAUGUGACCCGUUUCAUCAGAACUACUGACUGUGCCCCGCUGGCACGCAUAUUCAGGGACCAGGAGAUAGAUGGCCAGGCCCUGCUGUUGCUGAGCCUGCCCACAGUACAGGAGUGUAUGGGGCUGAAGCUGGGCCCUGCCAUCAAACUGUGCCACCUUAUAGAGAGGGUUAAACUGACCUUUUACCAGCACUUUGCCAGCUGAGGAGUGUGUGUGUGCGUGUGUGUGGUUGGUCUCAAGCUCAUUACUAAGCCAUAUCACAUCCAGCAUUGUUGUAAUGUACAGUAUGUGCUGCUCCAGGAUGGACACAGCUUAUACCUCAGCUGUUCACCCUUUCAAUGUGACUGG